AAGAGCAUCCAGUGUGGAGGAGUCAUCAUGUCUCUGUCGGGGCAGUUUGGUGCUCUGAGGACCGGAGAGCUGCGAGAGCUGCUGGAGGAUGAAGACAAAAUAAAGCACAUCAUCAGGUGCAGUGAGAAGUUUCAGGGGUUGCAAAGGGCUGCAGAGAAGAUGCUGGUUUCAAAUCAAAAACUGGCUAAAGUAUGUCUCUCUCAGAAACCUAAAUUCAGAGAUACGAAACUGAUACUUGCAAUGAAGUACAAGGAACUGGAAGAACUUCAAAGCUUGGUCCAGGUCAAACAAGAACAACUUGCAGAAAAAUACAGUGUUCACUCUGCUCAGUGGAGUCUCUUGGAAAAGAUAAAACAUGCAGAGGAGGAGUGUGAGAUGAUGUUUCAGAGAUUUGUGGAGGGUAAAACGCCGCUGGCAGAAUUCCUGGAUUCCUUUCUCAGCUCGCAGAAACUCCAGCACAUCAGGAUGGUCCUGGUGAAGAAACUCCAGGAGGUUAGGCUCGGUGAGAUCCACCCUGACACUCAGCGUGUCUCAGCCGAAGAGAUGCAGAACGCCUGCCUCCCCGUCUGCAGUCUGACCUCAGCUGUGGUCCUACCUGCCUGCUGCCACCCUCCAUUCCUGCUGCCCUACGGUACCCACGUUAACACUGCUCACUGUCUACAGCAUACACCCUUUUGUCAUGAUUACAGUCAUGAUUGCGAUGAGUCCCUACGUCCAGGGGUGCACAGACGAGGCUCCAAAUGGCCAGCGAGACCGGUCCGUCUUCAGCCUCUGAAGGUGCCGCAGAGGAAGCAUCAACAAGCACCACAAUAAAGACUCAUCCAGAGUUUGCAUUUCAUUAAAUUUAACACAGCUACUGGGUAAAGUUUCCGUAGCAUCACACAUUGGAUUUAGUCUUUAUUUAUUUAUUUAUUGAUACUAUAUUUUCUGAUUCAAGUGGCAACUUACUAAUAUUUGAGUAUUUUAUUUGGGCAAAGUUAUUGAAGGAUUUUUUGUGUCAGAGGUCCAGUGUGUAGGAUUUAGCAGGAUAUAUUGGUAGAAAUGUAACGUAACAUAUGAAGUAUGUUUUCCUCAGUGUAUUAUCACCUAAAAAUAAGACUUGUGUUUUCGUUACCUUAGAAUGAGCCGUUUACAUCUACAAAGGGAGCGGGUCCUCGUCCAUGGAGUUCGCCAUGUUUCUAUGGUUGCCCAGAAUGGACAAACCAAACACUGACUCUAGAUAGGGCCAUUCAUGUUUUCCUGUCAGCCACUGUUAUUAGCAGCCCUAUUGAGUUAAAAGCGCUGUUAAAACACUGAUUUUGUGCCUUAUUCAGUGUUUUUACCAGUUUAAAUCACCAGGUGUGAUGAAGAGACCUCUGUGGAUAAUUCGGCUCCCAGUAAAAACCUCCUGAAUAAUAAACACAGAGGGAGAUUUAACCAGAUGUUUCAGCUGUUUGCAAUUUGCAGUCCUCACUACUAAAUCUUGCACACUGUACCUUUAAGACAAAAUUAUUAACGCCCCUCAUUAUACAGAGUUAAGACAAUGUUCGACACAUCAGACAGCAGCUUCUAUUUUUGGACUGGCCUAAGCUGAUAAAGUUUGGUUUAUUUGAUUUAUAAGAGGACAGUGUGCAAUGACAUUAAUCAUUUACAAGAAUUGAAAACAUGGUCGCACCAGAUUUAGCGAAAUGCUUAUUUCCAUCUGUAGUCCUAAGUAGACCCAAUAAAUAAGAAUAAUAUUUAAGGUGCAAUGAAGACUGCAGUAAAUCCAUGGGCAUAAUACAUAAUAAAAGCAGUAUGAAUCCACUGCAAAGCACAAAAUACAAUAUAAAAAACACAGUAGCUACCUUGUAACGUUACUGGUGCUGAUGCUUUAACAAAAUAAAAACAGUAAGUACACACUGCAUGGUACAGAAUACAAUAUACACUGCACAAUAGCUAAACACUAAGAUCUUUAGAUGUUUAUAUACUGGUUAUAUUUGAUUAAAAUAAACAUGUCAAUGCUUUUAGAAUCUUUUGGCGAGUCUAGUAAUUUAGUUUCAUUCCUCUUUGACUAAGCAAAACUAUCCAAAUCUGAACUCACUGUUAGGGCUGGAUAUUGAUGCCAUUAUCGAUUCAGCUUAUUGGUCCGAUUCUUUAUCCCUUUUUGAUUCUUGAUCACUUUUCUGUGUGGAAAAAAGUAGGUUUUCAGAGUCAACCCAACUGCUUUAUUAUAUCUGAGUCUGAACACAAAGGAGCUAAAGUAACAAAAUAUUUGUA